CAGUGGUCGAGCAGUUGUCUGGUGAUAAUGUAUUAAGGAAAUGUAGCGAUGAUGUUAUCACCAUUUAACACGUGCACGUGAUAAAUGCAUCGAUAUUAGAGCGAUCUCCGAACGGGAGCUGUCUAUAUUUUCUCCAAGGAACCAAUCGUAGAUACAGUCAUUAGCAGUCAACAAAUCAAAGUGAAAUGCCAGAUUUUUGAUACUGCCCCUUUAUCCGAACAUAUUUAAAGCAAAUACGUAGCAAUCCUUCAUGGCAACAAAGGUAGAAGAGAAAGAGACAAAAGCACCAGAGGAGGAGGAGAAGAAGAAGCAUUUGGCAAAGGUAGUCAAAUCAACAUGCGAUCAAAACGUGUUAGACCACUGUUUAGAUAUUAUUGAUAGAUACAAGAUAAAAGACUCAAGUCCGACAUUUUGCAAAAGACUGAAAGAUUCGCUGGACAGCAAUUUCAACAAGGAAUGGAAUGUUUUUAUAGGCGGGCACUUCUCGGGCAUGUGUGGCUUUGUAGAGAAUACAUACAUGGAAUUAAUGUUGAAUGAUAACAUGAGAAUGGUGAUAUUUCAGUCGUAUUCGCCUGAUAAACGCUAAAUUUGCGUAUUAAAUCGUUUUUAUUCCGUACUUUUAUUUUAUGACAAAUAAUAUAUUUCCCAGAACUGACCAAUCAGCUUUCGAGGUGUCUUUUUAUUUAGA